AUGACAAGCUGCAUCACGGUCUGGUACGGCAGUGCCACAGCUGCUGAACACAAGGCUCUUCAAAGGGUGGUGAAAACUGCCCAGCACAUCACUGCAACCGCACUCCCACCCAUACUGGACAUCUACAAUAAAAGAUGUCUGAGGAAAGCCAGGAACAUUUCCUCUGACCCCACACACCCCAGCCACUUCCUGUUCCAGCCACUGCCAUCUGGGAAGAGGAGAGCUCUAUUUCUGUAUACCCUUCUGUGCUGCACUUGUUCUUCGGGACUCACACAAGCCGUUUCUGAAGAUGUGGAUGUGCUGCAGCGGUUGGCUCUGCGAGUUGAGCAGGGUUCCCGUGCUGUCCCGGUCGGUGUCAUCCCCCUCAACUCUGGCAUCAUCCUCACAACACGGGCGCGCGUCACCGCAGCCACACGCUCCGUACUGCCACCGUCAUUCUCCUGGAAUGCCACGAUCCUGCUGAGCCUGCGUGUACACCGCGCCAACUCCGCUUAUCUUUUCACCGUGUUCUCCGGUUCACGUCUCCAGUUGGGCCUGCAGGUAGCGCCGGACGCGCUCACCCUUCAUGCCGGGCCUGGCAAUUCUGUUCGUUUUCCGUAUCGCCUCCAUGAUGGCCGCUGGCACCACCUGGCCCUUGUAUUCACUGAGCGGUCAGCCAGCCUUUUGCCCGUUUGUAAUGAUGAACGUGGUGGAACAACCAGGGAGUUUCCAUUACCCCCGCCGCUUUCCUUGGACCCUCGAGGCACUUUCCGGCUGGGAGGGAGAAGUGCCUUGCUGCCCGGUGUUGAGCCGUUUGAGGGUGCCGUGUGCCAGUUUGACAUGGUGCCUUCAGGACAAAGUAACUACUGCACUGCCAUCCACACACAGUGCCGGAAAAAUGAGACUCCACGCUUGGCGCCGGCUUCUCCCUUGGUUCUUCUACCAUCCCUGAUGACACAAGCGUCCACAUCUAAUCGUACUUUUGCAACCGAGCCCACUGUAAGCACAUGGACACCUUCAAAUGAUGCCACGGUGCCAGCUGGAUCUCAAGUCACAACACCUCAUCAGAAGCCUUGGGUGGGACUUUCGAACUCUGCCACCCUUAUGCCAACUCUCAGGCCCGCCAAAGCGCUGCUCCAAAAAAAUCCCAAAGGCAUGGGGGUAAAGGCCACCAUAAUGCCCACCAAACCAUCUGGAUCAGACUGGACUCUGGAUGCAGAUUUCGGCUCUCUGAUUGGACCUCCAGGGCAGAAGGGGGACCCAGGGCCGGCGGGAAUUGUGGGACCUCCAGGGAAACCAGGAUUGCCAGGAAAGAAGGGACCCCAUGGACUACCCGGACCACACGGCAAUCCAGGGCGACCAGGUCCUCCAGGCUUCAAGGGGCGAAAGGGUGACCCUGGACUCUCUCCUCGAAAUGCUCCUAAAGGAGAGAAGGGAGAUCCUGGUAUACUUGGUCCUGUUGGUUUAUCUGGUUUAGAGGGACGGAAGGGUCAGAAAGGUCAUCCUGGCCCACCUGGUCUGCCAGGAGAAACAGGGGAGCCAGGACCUGAUGGAAGUGCUGGGGCCAAAGGUUAUCCUGGCAGGCAGGGUCUGCCUGGUCCCAUAGGGCCUCCUGGGCCAAAAGGUGCUAGGGGUUUUAUCGGCAUCCCCGGACUUUUUGGCUUACCCGGACCUGAUGGUGAAAGAGGAAGUUCUGGUCCUCCAGGGAAGAGGGGCAAGAUGGGUACGCCGGGGUUUCCAGGUGAUUUUGGCGACAGAGGACCACCAGGAGCCGACGGGGAGCCAGGUCCUACAGGUGCCCUCGGCCCCCCUGGAGUUACCGGAUUGAUUGGGGAUGUGGGCCCAGUCGGCAUUGUUGGUUUACCAGGACUGGUUGGACUGAAGGGUGUUGCUGGGAACAUGGGCGAGCCCGGACUGAAAGGUGAUAAGGGUGAAGCUGGGCUUUCUGGAGAACAAGGCGAGAUUGGCUUCCAAGGAGACAAGGGAGUUCAGGGAUUGCCAGGGUUGCCAGGUCCUCGCGGAAAACCAGGACUUCAGGGUAAACCAGGAGAUAGAGGGCCUGAUGGUAUACCCGGUCCCCCAGGUCCUGAGGGUUUUCCCGGUGACAUCGGACCACCUGGCGAAAAUGGCCCUGAAGGACUAAAGGGCAAAAAUGGAGACAGGGGGUUACCAGGACCACGAGGAGCUGCCGGCAGAGAGGGAGACGAGGGUCCUACUGGACCUCCUGGUCCAACUGGAUUGGAGGGUGCUGCGGGCAAACCAGGUUUUCCUGGCAAGGUUGGACCUGAGGGAGUUAAGGGGGAACAAGGUGACACGGGAAAGGCUGGCCCACUGGGAGAGAGAGGUUUAGUUGGCUUUGUGGGCCCAGUUGGUGAACCAGGACUGGCCGGAGAAAAGGGCGAUCGAGGGGGGAUGGGCUCGCCAGGACCACCAGGAGAGAAAGGCUCCACUGGGCAUCAAGGGACGCCUGGAGAGGUCGGACCUCCCGGACCACCAGGUCCAUCAGGUACUUCUGGAUCACGCGGCCCCUCCGGCACUCGAGGAUCCAAGGGAAGACGGGGUCCACGGGGGCCGGAUGGUCAGAUUGGCGAGGCUGGCACAGAGGGUAAAAAGGGUCCCAUUGGUCCACUUGGCAAAGUUGGAGUUACUGGAGAACAGGGAAAAAUUGGUGAGCCUGGAGAAGCGGGGCCAAAAGGAUUUCUGGGAAUCCAGGGGCCCUCCGGAGCACCAGGAGAAAAGGGAAUCGCUGGAGAGCCAGGACCCUCAGGAAUACCAGGACCAAUAGGUCCUCCUGGAAACACUGGACCAAAGGGACCUUCAGGAAAGGUUGGAGACCCAGGAAUACAUGGUGAACCAGGAGAAAAGGGAGCACUGGGGGCAGAAGGGAAUGCUGGAGCUCCAGGUCUCAUCGGACCCAGGGGUGAUCCAGGUUUGGAAGGCGAGUCAGGUCCCGCUGGUCCUGAUGGCCCAAAGGGUGAAAAAGGUGACAUGGGGCCAGAGGGCGAGCCUGGGGUGAGGGGUGAACCUGGAAUAAAAGGCAAAGAAGGACCACCAGGUAGUCCUGGACAUACUGGAGUCAGAGGUCCUGAAGGAAAGUCAGGGAAAUUUGGCGAAAGAGGAAAACCAGGUCUCAAGGGGGCAAAGGGCAACAUUGGGCACCUGGGUGAGACAGGAACUGCGGGUGAACCUGGACCUGUCGGAACCACCGGACCGAAAGGAUCGAGAGGAACCACCGGACCUGUGGGAGCUCCUGGACGGAUGGGGCAGCAAGGUGAUCCAGGCAUAGCUGGAUAUGAGGGUCACCAAGGGCCAUCAGGUCCUAAAGGGCCUUCAGGACCAAAAGGUCUUAAGGGUGAACAAGGAGAUGAUGGGAAAGCAGCAGGUCCUCCAGGUCCCCCUGGACUCCCAGGUCGAGUCGGAAAUCGGGGUGACCGAGGGGAGUCUGGUGAUCCAGGAUACCCAGGUCAUACAGGAGUUGAUGGACUUCGAGGCAAAGCUGGUGCCCCUGGAUUAACUGGUAACCCAGGUCCCCGGGGAGAGCAAGGCCCUAAAGGGUCUAAAGGUGAACAGGGUCAAAAGGGUAAACAGGGUCAACAAGGAGAACGUGGAAGUAGAGGACCCCCAGGCGUGGUUGGCUUGCCCGGGCCGAGGGGUGUCAUUGGACGAGAUGGCCGAGAGGGAAUUCCCGGAGUGGAUGGCAUUCCAGGAAAGGAUGGAACUAAAGGAAUAUCGGGUGAGCAAGGAGAUGAUGGUGCGUUCGGGCUCCCUGGGACACCUGGACCCCGUGGAAAAAUUGGUGGCCCAGGUUUACCAGGACCUCAGGGGUCAUUUGGUCCAAAGGGUGAACGGGGUCUUCCGGGUCAUCCCGGUCCUUCUGGAAAACGAGGAUUUAAUGGAGGAAUGGGACUGCCAGGCACUCAGGGUAACCCAGGGCCCAGAGGAAAACCAGGAGAUGUCGGAGAGCCAGGAUUCCCAGGGAUUCUAGGAAUGUUUGGACCAAGGGGGCCUACAGGAGACUUUGGGCCAAAGGGCAUUCUUGGACCUAAAGGGCCCCCUGGUCGCAUGGGCAAAGGCGGAGUCCCUGGUCCUGUUGGUAUAAUCGGCCCUAUUGGCAGUCCAGGUCCUAGAGGAGAUACUGGUAACAGGGGGGAAAUGGGUGCCCAUGGGCCAAGGGGUUCCCCUGGACGUCGAGGUCCCCCUGGACCACCGGGCCCACCAAGUAUUUCACAAUCCUUUGAUGCAGGUGUGCUGGAUUUUUCCAUAAUGGACCAAGCUCCAGAGAUCCUGCAGACACUGCACUAUCUGAGUUUGCUAGUGCUCAGUCUGAAAAAUCCACUAGGAACGCGAGAUCAUCCGGCUCGUCUCUGCCGGGACCUCAACACUUGCCAACGCAAACUCAACGAUGGCACUUACUGGAUUGACCCGAACAUGGGUUGCUCCUCUGACUCUGUAGAAGUUACAUGCAACUUCACUGGAGGCGGGCUUACCUGCAUCAGACCAAUCACAGUGUCUAAGCUGGAGUUUAACAUUAGACACGUCCAAAUGAACUUCCUGCACCUGCUGAGUUCAGAGGCCGAGCAACGCAUCACUGUCCACUGCUUCAAUACCUCCAUCUGGAGCUCCACCCCUGUGAAGUCCCCAUCCCACAAUGCUGUGAGUUUCAGGGCAUGGAAUGGAGAGCUGCUGGAUCCAGAUGUGUUGGAGGAUACAUGCUGGCAACGUGAUGGACAAUGGAAGAAGGCCGUCUUCCUCUUUCAUGUGACCGAUGCCUCACUGCUUCCCAUCACAAAAAUUUCCAGUCUACCGAACAUCACACAAUCAUCACGCUAUCACCUGGAGGUCGGACCUGUGUGUUUCCUAUAG